AUGGACGUGGACGUGGACGUGGAGAACUUGGACGUGGACAUGGACGUGGACGUGGACGUGGACGAAGACAUGGUCGUGGAUGUGGACGUGGACGUGGACGUGGACAUGGACUUAGACGUGGACGUGGACGUGGACGUAGACGUGGACGUGGUCGUGGACGUGGACGUGGACGUGGACAUGGACGUGGACGUGGACGUGGACGUGGACGUGGACAUGGACGUGGACGUGGACGUGGACAUGGACGUGGACGUGGACGUAGACAAGGACGUGGACUUGGACAUGGACGUGGACGCUCGCAAGCUCUUGGACCAGGGAGGCUCGUGGACCACGCAAGCUCCUGGACCAGGCAAGCUCCUCGACCAGGCAAGCUCCUUGACUAGGCAAGCUCCUGAACCAGGAUAG